AUGGAUGCGCAGAAUGCCGCCGAGACCGACCAAGCGAGGUCCUCGGCUGCUUCCCCUCAACGGCGUCGUGGCUCCCAGGUCGACGCCAAAAUCGCAUCCGCGCUAGAUUCGAAAACUGGCAGCUCUCUCUCAGAAAUUAAGCCGAAGCUUCCGUCUACCAUCGCCUUGCUCUCUCGAGCCGACGAUGGCGCCGAGGACCGCGACUCCGACGCUGAGACCAUCGUGCUUCCCGGUAAGGAUGGUCACUCACCCUCUAAGGUGCGCAAGGUCAGGCAAGAAGACAAGAGCGAGAGCGAUGCCGAUGCUCUCAAGUCGACGUCCAGCCUCAAGGCCUUCAAGCCCGACGUCGAUUCAAUCACUGCUCGCCCCGGUGACGCUCCUAAGAAGAAGCGUCACUCUAGCUCCGCAGGGUCAAGACUGGCCGACAAGGAAAGCCAUUCUCGCGGUAAGGAUCGCGCUUGUUCUAGCGGACUGAGUUCAGCGCCGACUUCGCCAACUCAAACACAUCGACGUCUGCAGCACCGUCGACCGCGGUCGCGCUCCGAUGCAGCCCACGUUUCCGAAUCCGACUCGGACGAUUUCGCCGACAAGCCGCCUAAAUCAUCACUCAGAGACAAGAUCAAAUCUGGUGACAGAAUAAAUUCCCAAAAACGCAAGGCUCCCAAAGUCGAAUCCGAUGACGAGGCGGAUUUGCGCAAGGCUAGGCGCCAGCGCACCACUUCCGUCAGUGUCGACGUAGGCCGCAACCCUCGCGACGCUCGAGUCUCUUCAAGAUCUCAGCGUGAGGCGAGAUCACAAUCCCGUUCCCCUCAUAGAAAUCAUCGCCGAAGCGCCUCUACGCAACUGCCCUCAUCCAACGGUCUCAGCCACAAGAAGAAGCGAUUACCGCCGCCGCUACAAUCUACUGAAUACCACUCCGAUGACUCCUCAACCAGUGAAAGCCCUCACCCCCGAAGCACCAAAUUAAGGAGCCUCGUCACACCCUCCAAUUCCGAAUCUCACAUGUCCCCUGCUAAAGUGGGGCCGCACAAGAAACACUUGGAUGCCCAUGGUCAGACGCUGCUCGCCCGCGCAUGCGCGAGGGGCGAAUACGAUGUUGUCAAGCAGCGCUUAGGAGAACGACCAGAAGAUUUGAAUGUGGCCGACUACGCGGGCAAUACUCCUCUUCAGAUUGCUGCAAUUAACGGUUGUGAAGACAUUGUCAAGCUCUUGAUCCAGGCAGGAUGUAAUAUGGACUGUGUAAAUUAUGACAAAGACACACCAUUACUCGAUGCUGUGGACAACGGUCACUUGGAGGUUGUCAAGCUUCUGCUGGAUGCCGGCGUCAAUCCACGCAAAGCCAACGUGAGUGGGCAGGAGCCCAUCGACCGUGUGACAGAGGAAACCGAUCAUGCGGAUGAAAUCCGGGCGCUCUUAAUUGCCGCAAGAAAGAAGGCCGGUGACAGAAUGCGAACAUCGGAGGACCGACAUUCUCACCAUGACUUUGACACUCGCGAUUCACAUGCGCCUGAAAGCCCACGGCGAUCGCCAGCCGCACCGAGCGGAAGACGCAGCACAACCGGGCGAGCUACCAAGACCCGAAAUGAUCUGCUUUACAUGCCUCUGGAUGAUAAAACGCUGCGGCAAGCUGCAGGCCGUGGUGACGAGGAGACCGUUGCCCGCAUCUUGCAAGUCAAGGAGGGGUUUGAUGAUCCCGAGUCUAUGGUCGCUGCUGCUCGUGGUGGUCAUGAUCUGGUUAUCCAGCUGUUACUAGGCCUCGGAGGUGCAAAUGCUGAUCCUGGCCCUGUCGCCAGUCUUGCUGCCGAAUUCGCGACCCCUGUUCUUGCGGCUAUUGGUCAAGAAAACAUCAAGGUGGUAAAGUUGUUACUGGAGCAGCAAGGUUUUGAUCCGACAAGAAGAUUCAAGGGUGAGACAUACUACGAAAUUGCGCGACGUCGCCAGGGCCCGAAUUGGAAGGAAGAAGAGGACAUUCUUCGUGCUGCAUACGACGAAUACAAACGUACGCACAAGGAUGGUGCUCCCAAUAAAUCUCCGGGUCGAAAAGAGCGCGAACGUGAUGAAAAGCGCGCUAAGCGAGACGAAGCACGGGCGGAUGCUAAGCGCGAACGCAAAACCGGAUCCAAACUGGACGGCCAAGGAAGCAAGAGGCGAUCCGAUUCUUUCUCAACCCAUGGCGACGAAGAAUUGGCAAAACGCGGUCCUGGUCGGCCACGCAAAGAAGAGAAAUUGCCAGCCAUGCAAGAUAUCUAUCGUGAAGCAUCACCGAACGUCCAGAGCAAAUCGGCCAAAAUGAAACGCGCAGAGUCGGAUGCUGCAGCCGCAUCAUCCGACGGCGAAUCCGUCAAACCGCGCCGCAAGCUUGUGUCAAAGGGCGAACUUCGUGGCGAGAGAGAAAAGAAGGGUCGCGUCUCAGCUGGCAAAGAACCAACAAGUCCCAAAGCCUCUCGUAAUGACGAAACAGCAGAAAAGCAAAAAAUGUCAGAGAAAUACCAUGACAGAACCAAGGCACUUAAGCAUGAUCCUUCUCGGGAAAUCGACACGACGUCUAAGAGGCAUCGCAAGAGUACAACACCUGAGCGUUCUGCUGACGCAGACAAGGAUGAGGCUGAAAUUUCUGUGAAGCGUCGACGCCUGGAAAUCGACGCACCGGAGAAAAAGAGCAAGCGGUCAGCCCUAGAAGACAAGACGAAGAAGACGAAUGGCAAGGGCGCAAGCGACGAAGACCUCGGCAAUGACAGGAAAUCGCAAGAGUCAAAACGAAGGGAUUCCGACCGCUCUGCAUCUUCUGACAAGGUUAAGAUCAAGUCGGAGGAUGUUGAUGUUGCCAUGACAGAAGCGCCGCUAAAAGAGCCUAGUGAGGAAGGCGUGGACGAGGCUGAAGUAACUAAGAGAAAAGAAGAGGAGGAGGCACUCGCGAAGGAAAAGAAACGACUCGAGGAAGAGCAAGUUCGCCGUCUGGAAGAGGAGGAGAGGAAAGCCAAAGAAGAAGAGCGCCAGCGCCGCGAAGCCGAAGCAGCACGAUUACACGAAGAAGAAGAGAAGAGGAAAAGGGAAGAGGAAGAGAGAAGACAGCGCGAAGAAGAAGAACGUCGGCACCGCGAGCAGCUGGAACGCGAGGCCGAAGAAGCGAAGAGACAGCAAGAAGAAGAGGAGCGCAGAGAGCGUGAGCGCCGUCAUCGCGAAGAAGUGGAGCGAAAACGUGCUGCCCGUGAAGCCGAGGCCAAAAAGAUACGCGAAGAAGAAGAACGCGCUAGACUGGACAAGCUACCACCGCUGUUGCGAUGGCUCCAAAUAUGUCCCAAUCCAAAGCUGUCCAGUGUAGCAGAGAAGUUCCGAUUCAUGUCCGGUGUCCGCUACGACACUAUCCAUCCCGCAGCCACCGGCACCGCUGAGGGUCGCGAGCAGUGGGUACUCAACACACAUGUUGCAUUGCUUCUCGGUGAAAAGGACCUGAAUCUCUCUCGGUACACUGCUUGGGACCGUGCGCCUGUCUCCCAUCUGGCGAAGAUGACCCUCUGGCGAACUGAGUGGGAGCUAUACUCAUUGUUGUCUGAAAAGUACUGGGACAUUGGCCAACAGCUACCUGAUUACUACAGCGGCGAAGAUCCUAGUGCGGUGAGCUUUCAGAACAAGCAAAAGCUGAAGCAAGCUGCAUGGGAGCGGUUCUCCGCCACAGAAAUGUUCUUCGUCAAGCUAUCCGAACUGCUCUAUACCGUACCCAAUAUUCCCCACCUCCGCAACGUGACACUCGCCGUCGAGUACCGUGAACUUCUCGAGAGCGAGGCCCAGGCUGUUGGAUGGAAGGCACCGCUGAAGUGGAAACAAGAUCCAGGCGCGGACCGCUUCCAUGGCUUUGCGCCCCGGUACAAGUACUAUCUUGGUGGUUACUUUCUGCGUGAGGAUACCCCGACAAAGCAUCUGAUCAGCAGCACACCGUUCCCAGAAAAGCGAGUACCACGCCGCGGCCUGGUCCAAGUAUUCCCAGACGACCCAGAAUAUGAGAAGCUUUGUCUGCAGCAAGGCCUGGAGCACCUCAUCAAAGGCCAAGCCAACCCAUCUCUGCCAAACGGCGUACAUAGCUCAGCCAUGGAGACUAAGCUGCUCAAUGGCACCAACGGCCACGGCCACGGUCAGCUCGAGGCACCCAGUGUUGCCGUUAAUGGCGGUUCUCAUUGA